AUGCCGGGUCACAGGUGUGCUGUCUCGACCUGCAACAACAGCAAAGUGAGCGUCAAGAAACAAGGUCUGGAUAUAAUAUUCCACAGUUUCCCCAAAGCCACAACACCCGAAGGCCUCAACAUUAGAAACCAGUGGAUUGACUUUUGUAACCGAGAUACAUUGAACGCCACCAACGCCAACAUUUGCUCCAUACACUUCACCAAGGAUGACUACGAGAGGGACUUGAAAAAUGAAUUAUUGGGUUUGCCCUGUAAGAGGCUGCUAAAAAAGACAGCUGUACCCACUUUGUUCAAGCCUUUUGAGGAGUACGAAGAAAUUAAAAUAAAGGUUAUCAAUGAUGAAGAGGAGGAGGCUGUCAGGAGUGAAGACAAAAUGUCAAUUGAGGACAAAUGCAAUGAACUAUCCAAAAAGCUGGACUGUUACAAGCUGGAGACCAAUAUUUUAGACAAGUUGAUGGAAUAUUAA